AUGGCAAUGCUUAUUGCUACGAGUUUUUUUUAUGAACACCUCCAUUUUACGAGUUGUUUAAUGCUUCAGUUAUUGAAUGUGGUCCCUUUAGGGUUUCCUGGAAAAUAUUGUUUAAUCUUUGAGUUAUUGAGUGUGGACCCUUGUGUGUUUGUUGUUUACUGGAAAGAAAUGAGGACAAAAGCAGUCAAAAUGUUGUGGCAUCAUGGUGGGACUGUUUUACAUGAGCCACCUUGGUAUAAGGGUGGGAAGGUUGUCUUAGAGUGGAUAGAUGCAGAUUAUUUGUCUUUAGAAGAGUUAAAAUGGUACACUUUUGAUUAUGGGUAUGAAAAUGUAGAAGGAGUGUACUAUAGGGGGGAGAGAGGUACACAGUUAGUAUUUGUGGAUAGUGAUAGGUUCCUACUUAAUGUGGCUAGUGGGUUUGAAGAAGGAGAGUCUAUUAACUUUUAUGUCUCCCAUAUUAUUGAUGUGCCACAUGUUACUGAGGUAGUCCAGGAUGGUGAGAGAGGUGAGGAAGAGGCAGUGGCUGAGGUUGAGGUAGUCCGGGAUGGUGGGAGAGGUGAGGAAGAGGCAGUGGGUGAGGUUGAGGUAGUCCAGGAUGGUGGGAGAGGUGAGGAAGAUGCAGAGAUUGAGGUUGAGGUAGUCCAGGAUGGUGAUAGAGGUGAGGAAGAGGCAGAGGGUGAAUCUGACAGUAACAGUGACAUUGAGAGCAUCAGGACUGUAAAUACAAGUUCUGAUAAUGUAGAAGAGGGUGAAUCUGAAAAUUAUUGCAGUGAUGUUGAUCAAGAGAAUUUAGAGGUUAGGGCAGAAGUUAGGCAGUACAAAAAGAACAAGAGAGCAAGAAGGAAUUUUGGUGAACCUAUUGAAGAAGUUGCAGUAGGAACUACUGGAAUUGAUGCUGGUUUUGCAGAACAUGAACUUGGAGGGAAUAAAUUUGCAGACAAGAUAGGGGGGGAUGAAGCUUUCUAUGACAGUGAUGACCAUGGCAGUGAAAAUGAGGCUAUUUCUGAUGAUGAAGGCUCAGAUUUGCCACCAAGGUCAGUCAGCACUCAUGCUCACUAUGAUCCUACCACUGUCAUUCCUAGAUGGGAAUUAGGUAUGAUUUUUUUCUCUGCUGUGCAAUUUAGGGAGGCAGUUUAUAAGUAUGGUGUGGCUAAAGGGAUAACUUUUAAGUUAAAGCCUAAUCAACGUGAUAAGGUUAGAGCAAAAUGCAAAGGUGAAGGCUGCCCAUGGGUUCUUUUUGCAAGCAUAGAUAGUAAGACCCAUAAUUUUAUAAUUAAAACCUAUGAGCCUAAGCAUUGCUGUUUCAAAUACAACAAAACAGUUCAUUGUAAUGCCAAAUACCUAGCAACUUACUUUAAGUCCAGAGUGUUAUCACAACCUUCAAUUAAGGUUAAUCAACUUCAACAAAUUGUGAGGGAAGAACUAAAUAUAUAUGUUGGUGCGACAUCGGUUAGAAGAGCUAAGAAUAGGAUUUUGGAGGGUGCAAUGGGGGAUCCAGUUAUGGAGUAUGGUAGGUUACAUGACUAUGUUGAUGAGAUUAACCGUAGUAAUCCAGGAACUACCUGCUUUGUGAGGGCAAAUAGAAAUGAGGAUGGGACUGAGACAUUUAGGAGUUUUUAUGUAUGUUUUUAUGCACUUAAACAAGGGUUCAAAGAAGGGUGUAGGAAAAUUUUAGGGUUUGAUGGCUGUUUUCUGAAGGGUCCUUGCCAAGGACAGCUUCUAGUUGCUGUUUCUAAGGAUGGCAACAACCAGAUGUUCCCAAUUGCGUGGGCAAUUGUGGAACUUGAAAACACAAGAAGUUGGGAAUGGUUCAUUCACCAGUUGAAGAAUGAUUUGGACCUUAGAUUGGGUGAAGACUUGACUGUUGUGACAGAUAUGCAGAAGGGACUAAUUAAAGCAUUGGCUAAUGAAUUGCCUGAAGCAGAACACCGUUGGUGUGCCAGGCAUAUAUGGGCUGCUUGGCAAAAGAAGUGGAAGGGAGAUGACAGAAGAAAGAAAUUCUGGGAGUGUGCAUACUCUACAUUUGAAGCUCAAUUGAUAGAUAAGUUGCAAGAAUUAAAUGUGUUAGGGGAAGGGAUUGUUGAGGAUGCACUGGAAUAUGCAAAAGAGCAAUGGAUCAGAGUCUAUUUUAGGACAGAAGUUAAGUGCGAUGCAGUGGAGAAUAACAUGUGUGAGACCUUUAAUGGUUGGAUUUUACAAGCAAGACAUUAUACAGUCAUAACUAUGUUAGAAGAGAUUAGGAUUAAGGUAAUGAAUAGAAUCAGGACGAUGAGAAAUUUUGCACACACUUGGAUUUCAGACAUAUCUCCUGUGGUUCAAAUGAAGCUGGAUGAAAAUAAGGUUAGAGCUUCUAAAUGCAAUCUGCAGUUUAAUGGGGGACACGGAUUUGAAGUUUUAGAUGGACCUUAUGGGCACACUGUUGACUUGGUGAGGGAGACUUGCACUUGCAGAGCAUGGGAGCUUAAAGGGAUACCAUGUGCACAUGCCUGUGUUGCCAUUAUGCAUAAGAAAGGGGACCCUGACAAGUAUGUUUCCCACUGGUUCAGUAAAGAGAAAUAUAUGGAGGCUUACAAGUACCUUAUGCAGCCAGUUAAAGGUAUGAAACUGUGGCCAGAAUCCAAUCAUCCAACAAUCAGGCCUCCUGAGAUAGCUAAGAAGCCAGGGAGACCAAAGAAGGAAAGACGAAAAGAUAGAGACGAACCAAGGAAACAAAAAUCUGGGAAGUUUUCAAGGAGAGGUGGAACAAUGACCUGCUCAAUCUGUCAUGGUGAGGGCCAUAAUAAAAAAGGAUGUAAUGGAAGAAGAACAAAUGAGGUGAACCGAGGGUCUACACCAGCCCCAUCUUCUGGAGCAGCCCCAUCUUCUGGAGGAAGAGGGUCUACACCAGCCCCAUCUUCUGGACCAGCCCCAUCUUCUGGAGGAAGAGGGUCUGGCACUGCAUUUUCUUCUGGAGGCACAAGGCAUGUACCUUUACCUGUACCUGUACCUAUCCCAUCUUCUGAAAGCACAAGGCCUGCACCAUCUCCAGUCUUUGGAGAUAGAGGAGCUGUACAGGUUGCUGGUAGAGGAAGAGGGAGAGGAAGAGGUACUGGCAUAGGAAGGGGGAGAGGAAGAGGUACUGGCAUUGGUUCAAAAAGGUUUGCUGCUCCAACUCAGUCAUCAAAUGCCAAAAAGAUUUGCCCUGGAUAUGGAAUUACAUACUUGGAUAAUGGAGUCGGAGUUCAAAAUAUUGGGACACCAUCAGCUAGAGUGUUUCAGGUGCCACCUCAAAUUAAGAGUUCUGCAGUCAUCACCGGGGACUUGGGAUUCAAACCUGCUAGUUUGAGAUGGAAUGGGGAUAACUCUAUAAGCUCAAGAAAUUUGCAAAAACAAAGAGAUGAGAUCCGGAUGACUAGGUUACGGGCGGCGCAAAUGGCAAACCAAAGUUCCCAGAAUCAAUCUCAAGCUAGUUCCUCUAACAACAAUGUUUGAAUAAAUCUGUAGUUUUUUGUGGCAGUUUUAAACUCUUGGUUGUUCACUGCCUGCCAUGGAUUUUUGGAUGUUAGUAGACUAUCUCGGCUUUUUGGAUGUUAAUUGCCUAGCUUGACUUUUUGGCUUGUAGUUGCCUAUAUUGGCUAAAUAUAUGUUAGUAGCCUGCUUUGGCAUUUGUUUAUGUUUGGCUGUAAUUGCCUUGAUAUUUUGUAGAUUUUGGCUGUAA